AAUAUUCAAUUGCGUUUACGGCUACAUGCUCCAGAACACGGGCCAGCCAGUAGAACUGACGGUAUGGCAUCGGUUAUUCGAUCUGAAAAAAAAACAUCGACAAAGACGGCGGAGCAGCCGGGUCGCAUGCGAUUGUCCUCAAAUCGUAUAAAAGGUGGACUGUAAUGCGGUUCAUUCCUCAGAACCUAUCUCUUCUUUAACCAGCUCCUACUCAAGCUUCAAGCUUCUGCACACUCUUUCGCAAAAGUUCCUUAGCCGUUUCUAGCCAACACAAUGCUCGCUCGUUUCUUCGCUGUUGCUUCCCUCGCGGCCCUCGCUGUCGCCACGAGUCCCCUCGCUCUCCGCGAUGGCCAGUGCAACACCGGUAACAUCCAGUGCUGUCAAAGUUCUACCACCACUUCCAACUACAACGAGGCGGCAAGGUCUGUGGGCCUUGCAGAAAUAGCCGCUGAGGUCGUCGGCAACGUUGGCCUUAACUGCAGCCCUAUCACCGUCAUCGGCGCUGGCAGUGGCGCCUCGUGCAACCAGCAACCCAUGUGCUGCAGCGGCAACAAAAUGAACGGCCUUGUCAACAUUGGCUGCACUCCCAUCAACAUCUACCUUUAGGUUUCUGCAGGGUGUUGACCUUUCCUGUGUUGUUACAUAGCUUUCCGUAUAAAUUUUAUAGCUAGUAAUACCCAGGCUAUCCGAUUUGCAUCCAAAUUAGCAGCGUGACUGAGUCUCAUUAAUGGGGUGUUUGAAGAGACGGGCUCAAUAAUUGGAUCGUUGGUAGUACAUGCGAUUAGACAAUUUUGUG